GAUAGAAAAAUUGAUGAGGGCAAAUAUGGCAGGAAAAAACGCAAAAAAAACUACCGGAUCAAAAACAGCUAUCAUGUUAAACCGUUCAUUGCUGAUGAAGAUGUUGAAAAAGCAGCAGCAGAAUAUAAAACAAUGCUUCAAGGAACAAAAAAGAAAAGCUUGAUGCUAAAUUUAUUAAAUUUAUUUGGUUGUUAG